AUGGCUUCCGGUACUGCCUUCACCCUAGGUGGUCUUUUACCUUUUCGAUCACCUGCUCGGGCCAUGCGUGAAUAUGGACUACCAGAGGGUAUCGCCAGAUCGGAACCAGCACAGACAGCCUUUGCCGUCUACGGCAGCCGUGUCUCAGCUUACGGUCUUGCUAUAUGGCUGUUCUAUCUACGUCGCCAAUAUGAUGUUGUCGACACAUUGCUCAGUUUGCUCGUCUGGUGGGGAACAGCUGAUUUAUGGAUAUGUAUGAGAGCUGGUGCACUAAGUACGGGGAUCUGGAGGUUUACUAGCAGUCUGUUGCUUGGAGGUUGGGGGUAUCUGGGAUUGACUGCAAAGGGAGCGUUGUAA